GUAGAGGGUUACGUCAUUUGGUCAUAAUCGACGCUGCCUUCUUUUGAUAAAGAGACACAGAGUUAGUGUUCGACACGACUAUCAAACUGUCUACUUUCUAGACAUCUCUCCAUCUUGAUUACUUGCACGAUCAUACAGCAACGAUGACCACCAAGCCUUUCGGUGUCGUGCCAGCGGGCGCGAAGCAGCAGCCCACACCAUUUGAACUAUGCAUCGACGAGGGAAAGUUGCAGGACUUUAAGACCCUGUUGAAACUCAGCCCAAUAGCCAAAGAGACGUAUGAGAAUUUGCAAACCAACGGUGAAUUUGGCGUUAGCAGGAAAUGGGUGUCGGAUACAAAAGACUACUGGCUGAAGGAAUUUGACUGGCGCAAAGAAGAAAACCACAUCAAUUCGUUCCCAAACUUCAAAAGCCAAGUCUCAGACACCGAUGGCGGAAAGUUUGACAUUCACUUCGCCGCUUUGUUCUCUUCAAAUCCUUCUGCAAUCCCAAUCGCGUUUUUCCAUGGGUGGCCUGGCUCCUUCCUGGAAUUUCUGCCCCUGAUGGACAUACUGCGUAACAAAUACACCUCAGAGACCUUGCCAUACCACGUCAUCGCGCCCUCACUCCCUGGCUUCGGGCUCUCGUCUGACCCGCCUCACACGAAAAAUUGGACCACCGAAGACUCAGCGCGCAUCAUGCACAAGCUUCUUCUAUCGUUCGGCUUUGGCGCAACUGGAUACCUUGUCCAAGGAGGGGAUAUCGGAAGUUUCAUAUCUCGUGAUAUGGCCGUGAGGUACCCCGAAUGCAAAGGCAUGCAUGUCAACUUCAUGCAAACAGGUAAUAUAAAGUCGAAAUCCGACCCAGCGGAUGAGCUGAGUGACAUGGAGAAGGAGGGUGUGAAGAAACUGGACGAGUUCAACACGGUCGGAAACGGGUAUGCUAAGAUGCAUGCUACAAAGCCAUCUACCAUUGGUCUUGUACUGGCAAGUUCGCCGCUUGCACAGCUCGCAUGGAUUGGGGAAAAGUUUUUGGUCUGGACUGACCCAACUACAACUCCUCCGCUCAGCACGAUACUCGCCGACAUCACACUCUACUGGCUUAGCGAGUGCUACCCAACUUCGAUCUACACGUAUCGCGAGACGCAGGAAGCAAAAUUCGUGGACAAACCAAUUGGUUACUCUUACUUCCGAUUUGAACUUGCACCUGUCCCGAGAGCCUGGGCUGAGAAGACCGGAAACAUGGUGUUUUUCAGGAGCCAUGAGAACGGUGGUCAUUUUGCAGCGCUUGAGAGACCAGACGUCUUGUUAGCCGAUGUCGAGGACUACGUGAAGGUGGCUUGGAAAUCUUGAUUUUGAAUAAUUUGUGGUCUGAAGAAAAGCACGUCUCAAUCUAUGUUUCUUCGUACUAUUCGCCAAUUGUUAAUCGCGGGUCAUUUAUUUAAUGUAUCUGAGUAUUAGCGCUCGACUUUACAAAUGCUCGUCCCGUUUUGGUAAUUGUGCUCCUGAAGGAUGCUGCGCCUCGUUUCUUGCUGACAGGAGGAUGGGCCUUGAAGUGCGCUUACGUGGCUAGCCGAAAGACGUCAUCAACCAAACACGAUACCUACUAGAACAAGACGCGCGGUAACUGAGCACCACAAAUACC